AUGUCUCUGUUCCUUACUACAGUCACCCACUACUGUCUACACACAUUUGGAACUUAAUAUCAAUCUAUCAAUACAUAUUUCUUCCUAUUUGUCUAUACACCUACAUAAUUAUUAAUUUUUCUGUUGUUUUAGGUGAUUUAGUAGAUUUUCGCCGUUCCUUAGAAGAACACUAACAGCUGAUACAUAACACAGACUCACUCAAGUGUCUUAAUUACCACCAUUAUCACCUGACCUUAAUUACUUGGUGUGAGUGAACUCGGGACGACGGUGAUUACGUCAACGAGGACUGAAGGAUGGACGGCGGGAAGGGUGAGAGACGGGGAGGCAAGAGCUGGAGGAAGGAGAGGGAGGAACGUGAGAGAAAGCGCACCAACAACAGAGGCCCCGGAUACAACAGUAAAGAUGCGGACGAGAAGAAAGACGACCCCGUAAGAGAGAGACACACCUCCGAGUCCCGCCGACAACAGGAGGAGUUAGAGAAAAGGAAAGCGGAGGAGGAGAGGAAACAGAAAGAGGAAGAAGAGGAGGCAGAACGGGUCAGGCAGGAGGAGGAGGAGUUGGUACGGAAGAGAGAGGAGGAGGAGGAGGAAACCCGAAGACGCCAAGAGGAGGAGAUGAAGAAGAGGGAAGAGGACCGCACAUUCCUCUUGGGGUAUAUCCAGGAGGCAGAGGAACGGCUGGCCAGAAAGGCUGAACUGAGGGUGCAGAAUUUGGCGGUGGCAAAAGAUCGGCCGGAACUGAACACGGCAAUGCUAGACUCGAGCUUGAAGAAGAAUACUGCUUUUAUUAAGAAACUCAAAAAUCUGACGGAGAGCCAACACGAUUCUCUAAUACGGGAUCUUCAGAGCCUCAACCUGACCAAGUACGUGAGUGAGGUGGCUCAGGCAGUGGUGGAGGCCAAGCUGAAGAUGUCGGACAUCACCACGGCCGUCCACCUGUGCUCCCUCCUCCACCAGCGUUACCACGACUUUGCCUCGACGCUCCUAGAGAACUGGCAAAAAGUUCUCUCUCCGAAAAAAGACGAAAAGAACACAAAUAUGAGCAAACUGCGGGUGGACUUACGGCUGUACGCUGAGCUCAUAACUGCCGGAAUAUUUGCACCAAAAGAAGGUCUUCCUCUCUUAGGUAACGUGUUGACGACCUUGGUGACGUCGGACAAAGAGGAGCACCAGAACAUAUCAGUACUACUGACCUUCUGUCGACACUGUGGGGAGGACUACAUGGGUCUGGUGCCUCGGAAGAUAAGGCUGCUAGCGGACCAGUUUCAGAUGGCCGUACCCAAGAGCGAGUUCCUUCCCCGCGAGAGACAGAAGAAUGUGAGACAACUGAUGAAGGAUUAUUUUACCUCCCUCAACAAGCACCUGUUUCACGAUCAUAAGGAGCUGCAACAAGUAGAGCAACACAACAGGCGGCUGCUCCAGACUCGCGGGGAACUGAGUCAGGAACGCAUCAACCUGGCUGAGAACCUUUCUGCUGGACUGGGCAAACUUGUGACCAAUGCCCAACAGAUGGCUGAGCUGUUGGACGAAGAUAUGCCUGAUUUACCUGAAGACAAGACCCCAGGGGACGACCUUGGCCUGUGUGAUAUAGGAAUGGGCGAAGGCGGUGAGAUUCCUGAAGGGGGGACGUCUGUACUCUGGGAGGACGACGACAUGAGAGCAUUUUACGAAAACUUCCCCGAACUCAAAGCUCUCAUACCGUCGAUACUCUACAGUGACUCUGAGAAGCCAACAGCUGUACCUGCCGAGGAAACUCCGACGGAGGAAGUGGACGACACACUGGAGGAAGAGGAACUUGAGGUUAUGGAGACAGUAGAGGAGGAUGCGGAGGAGGUGUUGCCGCCUGAGUUACCGCCGGAGGAGGAGCAGGACGACAGCCUAACGGGCACGGGACCGUCUUCCAAUAAGGUGUUGCUGGACGCCUUUCUCAGUGCCCUUCCCAACUGCAUCAACAGAGACUUGAUCGACAGUGCAGCCAUGGAGUUCUGUCUCAGACUCAACACUAAACCAAGCAGGAAGAAAUUAGUCAGAGCAUUGUUCCUGGUUCCAAGGACGAGGCUGGACCUACUGCCGUUCUAUUCCCGACUGGUGGCCACGCUACAGCCUCUCAUGCCCGACCUGGCCACCGAUCUCGUCAACAUGCUGCGGCAGGAUUUCAAGUACCAAGUUCGGAAGAAAGAUCAGAUCAACAUCGAGUCCAAGAUCAAGGUCGUGCGGUUCAUCGGGGAGCUCGUCAAGUUCCGCGUCUUCCCCCGGAGCGAAGCUUUGCUGUGUUUACGAAUGUUGCUUCAGGACUUCAAUCACCACCACAUCGAAAUGGCGUGCAACCUAUUGGAGACGUGCGGUCGUUUUCUCUAUAGGAUUCCAGAUUCUCAUCACCGCACCAAGAUCUACCUGGAGCAAAUGAUGAGGAAGAAGACGGUAAAGGCCUUUGAUCCCAGGUACAACACCAUGAUCGAAAACGCAUACUUCUACGUUAAUCCGCCGGACACGGGGCCGGAGACAACCAAAAAAGAGCGACCCCCGAUGCACCAGUAUAUACGCAAGCUUCUCUACAACGACCUCUGUAAGUCCAACACGGAGAAGAUUCUGAGACAGAUGAGGAAGAUGCACUGGGAGGAUCCAGCCAUCUCCGGCUACAUCAUCAAGUGUCUCACAUCCGUCUGGAACGCCAAGUUUUACAAUAUUCGCUGUAUUGCCAACCUGGUGGCUGGCCUCAUCUCUCAUCACGACUGGGUGGGGCCUGCUGUUGUGGACGGCAUUCUGGAAGACAUACGACUUGGCUUAGAGGUGAACCACCCCAAGUACAACCAGCGGCGUGUAGCGGCCGUCAAGUAUCUGGGAGAACUGUACAACUACCGUGUCAUCGAGAGCACCAUCAUAUUUAAGGUCCUCUAUCUGUUCUGCACGUUUGGGGUCGUCUUCGACCAGAACAUGUACAGUGAAUAUGACCCCCCUGAGCACCUGUUCCGCCUUCGUCUGGUGUGUACGCUCCUCGAGACCUGUGGACAGUUCUUCAGUUCUGGCUCCAGUAAGAGACGUCUCGAUUGCUUUCUCGUGUAUUUCCAACAUUACUACCAGUACAAAAAGAAUCUGAACGUGUGGAAUGAAGAGGAGGAGUUUCCGUGGCAGAUAGAGCACCUGGUGAGAGACACUAUCUCAGCCGUAAGACCCAAGCUGCAGCUAUCAAAGUCACUGGAGGAGGCACAGAAAGCGGUCCAGCACCUCAAUAACCAGAUCAUGGCCAAGGCUAUAGAGCAAGUACCAAGCUUACGACAGUACCUCCAGCAAGAAGAGGAGAGUGAGAAUCUAGAGACCAUCACAGAGGAAGUUUCUGACGGAGUGAAGAACUUGAUGUCUAAUGCAGGUGAUGGCCAGGUCUUAGAUCUGGAGGGAGACAUCUUGGAAGAUAUGGACGAUGAGGAAGAUUUUGACGAGGUGGACACUGACUUAGACUGGAGCGAAUCCCACGGAGACUCCCUCACUCCCUCCCAACACAGCCAGCCAGCCCGCAGCACUGUGGAGGAGGUGGAAGGUGAAGGUGUGCUGACUGGAGAUGCAGAGGAGGAGAUGGGGGAGGACGAGGGGGAGUUAUUAGAGGGCGACAUGAAAGUCAAUGUCAAACACGUCGACUGUGAGGAGGACACUGAUUUUAUGUCUGCCUUCGACCGCAUGAUGGCCGACAGCCUGAUGGAACGCGCAACCACCGUCAGCCGGCCUGGCCAGCUAGACAUAUCUGUGCCUGUUCAUGUCAAGUCCACGGCGAAGAAGACUUAUGAUCAGCUGUUAUGUGAAAGUACAGAGGAAGAGACCAAGCCAGUGGUAAACUUUGUCCUCAUGACUCGGGCCGGCAACAAGCAACAGUACAACAGCGUGGAGAUGCCGGUCAACUCUGAGCUGGUGACCAAACUUCGAACCCGGGAAGAGGCGGAAAGAGCGGAGAAAGAAAAGGUCAAGCGCAUGACUCUGGAGAUCAACGAAAGACAGGAGGAGGAGGAGGCAGCGGAGAUCAUGCAACAGGCACAGCGACCGGCAACCAUGAAUUUUAACCGUGAUAGACGACCAAAAUAUCAGCACCCAAAGGGAGCUCCUGAUGCUGACCUUAUAUUUGGACCUAAGAAGAUUAGAUGAGUUGAUUUACUCAAUCUUUUAUUAUGGCUACAAAUUUUUAUGAAAGAUUUCAUGUAUUUUUUAAUACAGAACUUUGAUCUGUAAGGAUACAGAUGCUUGAUAGUUACAGGUUAUCUUGAGAAUUCAGGUACAGUCAUUAACUAGACUGACUGUUGUUUAUGAUAUGGUCAAGUAAUUCUGCUUUUUAGCAACAAACAUCUUCAUAUGUACUGGUAAAGUUUCUUAAAGACCAUAUGAGUUUCUUGUCGUCUUACCAUGAUCAGCAACAUGCGAAGCUUCAAAAUACUGCAUCUUCUGUGAUUACUUUUGUGUUGUAGAAGUAUAUGUCUGCAUAAGAUACCAACUACAGUACAUAUCUGCCAGCCAUGUUGAAAAGUUGAAUGUUUCACCCAUCGAUGGAAACUUGAUUAAUAACUCAUCAGUCAUCUUGUUAUGUAGAAGUUUUUAUUACACAGACUUUUCCUAAGGCUUAAUGUGUAUAAUUAAUUUUAUUCAUAUUGAUCAAGAGUGUGUGAAUAAACCUUCAGCUCAACCAAGAUCAAUAUUAUUCCUAUUGUGAUUUCUCAAAUAUAAUGUUGAUAAAGAAAGAU